AUGGACGAAUACAUGUAUUCAGUCGAGUCCCUGCGAGGAACUGUGUUGGAAGAUGCUGUUGUCAUUUUGCUGAUUGUUGUCACUAUCCUGCUUUUAGUAUUCCACCACUGCACGGAGAAAACAUUUCAUUCACCUCCUCAAUUCUUCAUCCUCACAAAAGACCUCUUCCCGCUCAAUUGUUAUCACGUUCCUCACAGAGUGACACUCUCUUGCUCUCAUGGCAACCAAUUGGUCAUGAAUAAGCUCCAGAUCACUGAUCCAGGCAAAUGCUAUUUACAGUGCCAUCUGCCCGCCAAUUCUGAUGCUUAA